UUCUUGCCAUUCCCGCCCUCGAUGCUCUUGAAAGGUUUCCUCAAUUUCCAAGAUCAAGUAGUCAACUUCUCUGGGAUUUCUUGUGCGGAAAAGCCUCUGCCCUUUCUCCUCGCUUUCCAGUGUUCCCAGUAACUUUACCUGUGAACACAGGUUGUUUCAUGGCUGGUGAAGAAAUAUGCAAACUGAACAAACUUGUUCUGAGGCUAGUCCAUGAAGUUGAUGUGAAGAAUAAACAACUCAUAGAACUUAAGCAUAAGUAUAAUGGGGUUAACUCCGCUCAUGCACAGGCAAUGGAAGAAAAAGAAAUGAGAAAGAUGCUGUCCAUUGUACAUCACUAUUCUCUUCAGAAGGAAAAGUUAAAGUUGGAAUUAGAAUCUCUGAGAAAAGAACUUGAGCACCAAAAGGAAGAAGCUGAAAGGAUUCAGGUGCAGCUCGACUUUGAGCCAAUGGAAGCAGAAAAUAAAAUAGAAGAGGUCAAAGGGACAACGAAAGUAAAAUCCCACCAGAUCAUAGGUGCUGAUGAUUUGGAUCAGCAUGAUACUGCCGAGUCAUAUCAUCAAGAAACUGUGAACGCCCUCAUUCGCAAAGAGCGCGCCAGUAACUCUGAGCUUCAGGACGCUCGUAAAGCAUUGAUAAAGGGUUUGGAAGACUUAUAUUGCCACCACCGUUCUUCAGUUUGGCUCAAGAGAAUUGGAGAACUUAACGUAAAGCCAUUUCGGGAUGCUUGCCUCCAAAGGUUUACAAAUGGUGAAGCAGAUACUAAAGCUGCUGAACUAUGCUCCUUGUGGCAGGAGAAAAUCAAAGAUUCAAGAUGGCACCCAUUUAAAAUUGUGACCAUUGAUGGAAAGCCCCAAGAAAUAAUAAAGGAUGAUGAUGAAAACUUGAAGUCCCUAAGAAAUGAUUGGGGUGAGGAUGUGUAUAAUGCUGUGGCAAUGAGCUUGCUCGAGGUACUUGAGCACAAUCCAAGUGGGGGGUAUGCAUGUUCAGAACUUUGGAACUUCAAGGAGAAUAGGAAAGCAAGUUUGAAGGAGGUUAUCGAGCAUUUACUGAAGCAGGUGAAAACUCGUAAAGCUUCUAAACGCAGGAAGCGGCAGCUCAGUUAGGUAAGAAAUAUUGCAUACAUUUUAUAUUAAGUACACAAUAUUAUCAGUUAUAUAUAAACCUCCUAGUGAUGUGUAUGAAAAUGAAUGCAUUAUAUAUGAUGGUUGAUUAUGAUUAUGAUAAUCCCAUGUAGGAGAACGAAGGACUAUGAUAGAGAUAUAUUUAUGUAAUAAUGUAAUGCUCAUCUGCAUCCGCUGUUACAGCUUUACUCU